GAAGCCUGCAGUGACAUCACUUUCCAGAAAUCCCCUCCACUGCCGUUUCAGCGACGAAGAGCUUAAGCGACGAGGAGACAAACAGAACAAUAAAGGAGUUUGAAGCUGUCUGAGGUUCCGAAGCGUUUCAGCAGAUUUUUUAACAAAGACAUUAAAGGAUGUCCCUGUAUCCAUCCCUCGAGGACCUCAAGGUCGACAAGGUUAUCAGGGCCCAGGCCCAGUUCGCCCAGACUACCGCUCCCAUGCCAGCCAUCACCGAGGGAACCUACCAGCCUCAGCCUGCCACUGCUGGGAUGCCAGGAUCAAGCUUGUACCCAAACCUAGAGGAGCUGGGAGAAUACAUGGGUCUGGCCCUCAACAGUGAUGAAGUCCAGAGGAACCUGGCCCUGUUGCCUGUAGCUGACAAUCAAGUGGCAGUGCCCUCCAGCUCAGGUAUCGGGGGCAUGGUGCGGCCCGUGACGGGGGCAGACGUCGGCAUCAUGAGGGCAGAGAUCCGUCCAGGGCUGCGGGAGAUUAUCCUCUGUAAGGACCAGGAAGGGAAAGUGGGACUCCGGCUCCGGGCCAUUGACAAUGGAGUGUUUGUGCAGCUGGUCCAGGCUAACUCCCCUGCCGCCCUGGCUGGUCUGCGUUUUGGGGACCAGGUACUUCAGAUCAAUGGGCAGAACUGUGCCGGCUGGAGCGCAGACAAGUCCCACAAGGCCCUGAAGGCUGCGGCUGAGACUCGCAUUGAGCUCGUGGUCAGGGACAGGCCAUUUCAGCGCACGGUCACCAUGCACAAAGACAGUUCAGGCCAUGUGGGCUUCAUCUAUAAAUCUGGUAAAAUCACCUCACUGGUGAAGGAUGGCUCAGCUGCUCGCAACGGCAUGCUGACUGAACAUUACAUCUGCGAAAUCAACGGACAAAACGUUAUCGGACUCAAGGAUUCUCAGGUCAAGGACAUUCUGACCACCUCUCCCACAACCAUGACCAUCACCAUCAUGCCAAAGUUCGUCUAUGAACACAUGAUUAAGAGGAUGUCCACCGGUCUCCUGCGGUCAGCUAUGGAUCACUCUGUCCCAGAGGUGUGAACCACGAGGAGGACUGUAAACUGUCAGGAUGUCUUCAGUACAGAGAUAUCUCUCUCUUUCCCUCUCUGUCUUUUCCUUGCUCAUCUUUAUGCGUCUCUCUCUCUCUCUCUCUCUCUCUCUCUCUUUCUUUCUGUCUCUUUCCACAUACAAAACCACCUCCUGCGUCACAAUCAUCAUCUUCAGCAUUACUCUCCCUUAACAUAAUCUUAAAAUGCCUUUUUUUUUAUUCCUUAGUUUUUCAAUAUAUUUUUUAUCUUUUCUACAUUUUCCUCACCUCUUUUGACAUAUCUAGUACUUUUUAUGUGUUAACCACGUAGUCUAAGUAUUACAUGUUUAUUUUCCUGUUUUGUGUUUGAGAUCGAGGACAGUACUAAAUGUUUUUUUGUUUUAAUCCAUGCACACUAUCAUGAGUCCAGAGCUUCCUUUGCAUUGUAGAGAUGAAUUAUUGGCUCGUGACAUUUCAUCUUGUCAAAAUGCUGUAAAAGCCAACAGUGAGUCAUCGGAGGCCUAUCAUGUUUGCUCCCAGUCCCUGCACUUGGCCCCUAAUAUGUAAAUAAACAGAGCUGAAUUAACAUCUGGGGCCUCAUGAGAAAACAACUGCUGACUUAAUUCUAGAUUCCAGUGCACAGUCAUUUUUACAUGGCCAGUAAAACUAAUAGGUUUUAGUAAAGGAAGUCCUUUUUAGUUUAUACCAUAAAAUUAGCUGCAAUGUUGGUAUCAAGAGUAGUUUCUUUUUUUCAUGGUCCCUGGACAUUAGAAUUUGUCAAAGACAAGUCAAGGCAGUUUAACUUUGUACCACAUUUCAUGUCUCUGAGGGCAAAUGUCGUAACGACAAUGUGAUGUGCUGAAUUCGUAGGUACUGCCAACACUGAGUGCACAUUCUAGGGGGAAGUGUAGGGAGCGGGGCAGCAGUAGAUGUUUGUUGUCCAAUGCAGCUGGGACUAAGUUGUGUUCACAAACACUGCUGUGAGCUAUGAGACAGUGAAAGGCACAAGUAAAGAAGAUCACAGUGCAGUAUGUGAUUAGCUAUCUGGUGUUUAGUUGAAAGGUUUCUUGGAUUUUGUCCUGUGAUUCAAAAAAUAUAUAUAUUUUUGAGGGUAUUUGUUUGGGCAGGGUCUGUGCAGGGCAGACCCACUAAGUGCACUUUCCACUACCUUUUUAAGAGGUUGUCUUUCCUGUUUCCAUUUCAACAGUGAAGUCUGCUUUUUUUAUUAUUGUGUUUGUGGUGCCUCAUGUUAAUGAGAGAACUCAUGAAAACAAACCUGUAUGUUAAUUAUAGGAAACUGCUUAAAUUCGAUGCUGAGAAUCAUACGCUCAAAUUCCACAUCAUGGGUUUAGCCAACGAACUUGUUCUCCUCUGCUGUUAGAGGACGUCCCUCUGUAAUAUUUCCUUCCCCCACCGACAAGCACAGUGACAGUGAGCAGAGCUCUCACUUGGUAAUUUCUGCUUGUUAUAUGAAGUUGCUCCUUUUAAUGCUGUUCAAGUUUGGAUGCAUGUAUUCCUUUAAUUUUCUAUGUAUGCAAUCCGAUAAACAUCACUGUCAUUCUGUAAGAAAAUGCUAGAAAAAUCUAAAAGUUUAUAUACGAAUGUAACCAAAAUAAUAUUGUCAAACAAAUAAACAGUCUUUCCGUUCA